AGUCAGAAAGUUUAAUUACGAGAGCGCUGGUUCAUUGUACAAAACCAUUCAUUUUAUACUGGCUCUUAUGCACAUACUUUCACACACAAACAGACUCCUUACGCAGAUACUUUCACAGACAAACAGAAGGUAUCAUACGCACAUACUGUCUCACUACCCAGCCGACAGAGAUUAGGGAGACCAUGGGACCUUGAGACGUACUCCCUGUCCUCUCACAAAUCUCUAGUCAAGUCGGCACCGAAUUUUGCUCAGACAGUCUGUGUUUAAGAUACUAUAAAGACAUAUUGUACAGAUAUAUUGUUUUACCCUAAUUCUGACUAAAACUACACUCACAGAUAUAUAAUUUUACUGACUACUCAAUUUUAUACAAUUAUAUGGUUUCAGGGUGGAAUAUUCCAAUCAUUAAUUUAAACAUAUAAAUUACAUUAACAAAACCUCCACGAUUAAAGCCUUUCACUAAUUGUGAUUCUGAAUAUAAUGUUUUACUCCUCCAAACAAAUCUAAACAUAACAGAAUUGACUUUUUUUUAUGUUAAUGAAGGCUGAUUGAGUUUCACUGAUUAUAUCAUCAAGGUCUUUUUUCAGCCUAUUGGCAUAGACAUUGGCUAGUAAUUUAUAGUCAGUUGCCAACAAUGUGAUUGGUCUCCAAUUGUCCAGGUAAAGAGUUGGCAUAGGCAUUUGUUUAAUGGCUUGGUCCAACUCAGUAAUAUCUAUAUCAGAAACACCAAAAACACAAGAAAACACAUUGUAGAAUGGAUAGAUCACUACAUCAACAAAUUAAUAGCAUCAUAACUCAGAACAGUAAAUACAUGUAAAUUAAAUUCACUACCCAUUUAACAAGCAUUACUGCAUUACACUACCCAUUUUUCAAAAAUAUUACAGGCUAUGUAGACAGGCUCCUGGAUCUCCUCUUCAACAAGAUCACCCUUGAUCCAGCGCUCUAUGUGGGGAAGCUGUGCGAGCUGUCCAUCCCAGGACCCAUCUGCCCAGUGUGAGAGGCCUGACAAGGAGGAGGCCAUGGCUGGAUUUGUCUCCCGCUUUAAUCUUGGGGGUGACUGAAGCCUGCUUGAUUGAAGCGGGGUACAUGGGUCACCCACCUCUCCCUCUGCCCUCCCCAUCAAUCUCUGCAGUUGUUUGCAUUUCCUAAAGCAUAACUUAUUCACUUUAAGGUGAUAUCACAUGUUACUUUGUAUUGUUUUUUCAAGCAUUUGGACAGGAGAUGAGUGUUACAAUUUGUACUAGUCAAUGGGUUCCUGCACACUGUUUGUCAGUUGUCUCGCCAUUAUUUUUCACCUUUAUUUCUCAUGAGUGUUCAUGUUGCUCAAUAUAUCAGCUAUGCUGGCCUAUUGUAAAUGAUCAAAUAAUUGUCUGAUCAAUACAUACAAUUCUGAACACAUUGUCAUUGAUCAUGAUAAUGCAGGGAAAGCAAUAAAUUGUCCAGUACACUUAUUGUAUGCUGUUUUCAUGUACAUUCUCUUAUGUCUAAGCUUCUAAGGUGACUCAGCCUUUACUAAUUAUUGUGAAGUGUAUCAGUGACUUGUACUCUGUAAUUAGUUACAAAACAAUAGAUAUGCAAUUAUGUAUUCCUGCUGUUUGUCUGAUAUCCAACAGUCCAUGAUCAGCUCUGUUGACCAUGAGAGCAUUUUGCGGAGAAUAUGGGUUGCGGGCGCAUACUUACAACAUGUCUACAGAUAACUUUUCAACAUUGCCUGCUUCCAAGCGUUCUCAAUACUUAGAAAAAAAAUUCAUAUUGUUGGGCGUCCCUCAUGACAGCACACAAGUUAGCCAGGUGAGUGCUACCUGGGUAGGUAUUUUAAAAUCAUAAUUGAACUAUUCCAAAUGUUGUGUAUAUUUUGUGGUAACUUGUAGAGAUAGAAGCAGUCAACUAAACAGAACUCGGACAGAUUAAUAUUUACCUUACUGAGGUGAUUCUAUUAUUUUCUACUCUAUUUUUGCUAACACAAUGCUCUUUCUAAACUAGUCUGCUCUCAGCUUGAAAUAUACUUUUUUUGUUGUUUAAGUUUUUUUUUAAAUAAGUAUUUUUUAUUAUUCAUAAUACAAAAAUCAACUUACAUUGCUUCAUCAAACAUGUAGCAAACCAAACACAGGUAUUAAAAGAUACUCGAUCAUAUGAGAUUUGAUGCGUAACGUAAAACAGGACCGUUAUUCAAACCACACCCUUUGAGCUAUGACGCCACCCAAUAAGAUAAUUUCUCUUCAGUUUAAACGGAAGUGAACAUUGACUAAGAACAAUUUCAACGUUAGCGUUUUUAUUAAGACGUUUAUUAACGCAGUGGAACUCAUGACAUUUAAAUGAACAGCAUCACAUACUUUUCCCAGGUAGUGUUUAAUUCUCGUUGGAGACGGGACUUGGUUGAUCGAUGUUAUCUAGUUAACGCUAGCUAGCUGCUAACAAUGGCUAACUGUAUGGUUUUUCACACUCAGAUAGCCUCCAUCAUGGAGGUGCUAGCAAAUGCAGCCGUUGCAGAGAUCUGUAAACUCGUAGACGACGACUAUGAAGUGUUUCGUUUGGAAAUAACUCAAAGUCGGAAAGAAAACAGCUCAUUGCGGAGGAAACUACAGCUACUCGAUCUGAAAGUGGCACGGGAGCGCGCAGAAAGGACAAUGCGAGAGCGCGUCCUCGCCAGUCGUCCCAGUAGUGUCAAGAUCCUCAACCGAAACAGAGGAAUGACCAGAGGUGAAGGACAUUUCACUGGAGGCCACAGGAGCUUUGUGAAGCCAGCGACAGACAAUACAUGGAGAGAUGACCAACCAAUCACUGUUGAUGAGGGGAGUGGAACCUCAACCCAGCACGUUAUCAUGAUAGAGCCUGCAGAUGCCUGGUCUGAAAGAGAGGAGGACCCACGGCACAGCAGACACAUCCAGACUGGAGUGGCUGGAGUGCCCCAUGAAGCCACUGAGGACCCCACCACCGUCCCAGCACCGCCCAGGCCCAGGACCCAACGCAGCAUCACGGAGGAUCUGACCACGGAUCAGCCUCAGAGAGGCUGGGGCCACUGGGCUAUCCUCCUGCUCCGGGCCCAGAGUACUUUCCAGUAUUUAACCAACGCCAGAGAACGGUUCAUUACCGUGGAAAUGGAGGAGGAGGGUCCAGAGGUGCUGCUGGUGAAGGAGGAGGGUCUGGGGAACACUGAGGGGAACAUGGUCAUAGAGGACAACCAGACUACACCUCCUCCUGAACCCACAGAGGAACCAGCUGAGCAGCACAGGACCACACACAGUCUCACUGAGUCAGUAGACGUGGAGGAUGGGAAGCCUGAUCUGCUGCUAGUCAAAGAGGAGACAAUAGAAGACGGACCCGAGAGCAUUGAUCUGCUGAGUGGGCUAAAGAUGGGGGAGCAAGGUGGUUGGCUGGAGGCUAACAGAGGAGACUGGGCGGACAUCUUGGAUUCCCAGGACGGUGCAGCCAAGGACCCAGGGGACAACAUCACUGAGCAGGCCAGGACUAGAGAUCACAUAGUGGAGUCUGCAGAUGCAGAGGCUGCAGGUCCUGGGGUCAAGCUGGAGAGGACUGGAAGAGAGGAGGACCAACGACACAGCAGAGACAUCCAGAUUGGAGCUCCCCAUGUAGCCACAGAGGUCCCCACCACCUCCGCCCCAGCGCCGCCCAGUACCCGACGUAGCAUGACGGAGUUCAGUGGAACGCCGAACGCAUUCCUCAAGUCAGAGACCAACACAGAGACUGUAAAACACAGGCUCUUACACCCAGGAUCUGACCACGGAUCAGACCCAGAGAGACUGGAGCGACUGGUCUGUCCUCCUGCUCCUGGCUCGGAAUACUUACUGGUAUUUCACCAGAGCCAGAGGACGGUUCAUUCCUGUUGUGACACGUUAGACACUGGUGUUGAUGAUCUGCCUUGCUCUUACACACCAGAGAUGGACCCUGGCAACAUGCCCUUGGGUUUAGAGACACAGACUGAUCUGUCUAAAGGGGACUUGAACCGGUACAGUAGUAGCGUAUACUCUGAAGGGUGCCUAGAUAAGAAAGGGGAGGUUAUAGUCGUAGACGAAGUGACUGUGAAAAUGGAGGGCGACAUUCCUCUGACACUGAAUGCAGACAAGACUCACUUAGGACUUGGACACUCACAAGGUAGAGAUGUCUUAGAUUACAGGGAAAGUUUAGAGACUAAUCCAAAUGUUGCGACCCACUCCCCUUUACACAUUCUCAGGGAUCGCGACAUAGUGUCCACGUCGAUGGGGCCUUCCGAUUCACACGGCCGCAUCCUUUUCUAUCAAGUAUUGAACUCAAAGGACCAAAGGGCCCAGGCUCAGGGAGGGGGAGCAACAUCAGGCAAUAGUAAAGAGAAACGGUUCAUCUGCAUGUCCUGUAACAAAGGCUUCAGCUGCCUCCAGAACGUAAAGACUCACCAGAGGGUCCACACAGGGGUGAAACCCUUCAGCUGUACCCAGUGUCAGAUGCGCUUCUCCCACUCGUACAGCCUGAAGAGGCACCAGAGGGUCCACACAGGGGAGAACUCUACAGCUGCCAGUAGAGUGAAAAGCGGUUCUCCCACCAGAACCCGCUGAAGAUGCACCUGAAGGUCCACACGAGAGAAAGGUUGUUGGCCUGUACGCACUGUGGGAAGAGAUUCUCAGAGAAGAGCUACCUCAGGAUACACCAGCUUAAAAACCAUUUACUCUAAAACAUAGAAAGUAACCAUUCCACAAGAUAGCUUCUGACGUUUAGAUCAAACCCUGCAUUAAAGUCAAAGAUUAAUUUUCAUUAUUGUUAUUAGAGAAGAUCCACAGAUGCAUUUGGAAUAACGAGAGUAACAUAUUUCAGUGUUGAAUAUUCCUGGGUAGAAUACUGCAUCCAGCCAGGUAUGAAGGUGUGUAUAUAUAUAUAUAUAUAUAUAUAUAAUCCUAAAAACUCUGUUACUAAUGUGUUUAGGCUAUAUGAUGGUCACAAAUUCCUAUUUCAUUACUUCCAUUCAACUACACUUUUAAUGAGAAAAUGAAGGCAGUUUAUCAAGUUCAUGCAGAGUUUUUGUUGAGACGUACAAUGACGUCAGAAAGUGUUCUCACCCCUUCACUUUUUCACAUUUGUUGUGUUAGACUGAAUUUAAAAUGGAUUAAAUUGAGAUUGUGUCA